UCUAACAAAAAAGGGACUACAGGCCAUAGACAUCUGUGGACUCUACCAAACUCUUCGUAUUUUUUUUCUAAAAAUUCGGCCAUUCUCUAUUCUCUACCCUUGGAGAAUCACAGAGAGAAACUUUAGUAUGUUAUAAUUCAAUGAUGUAAAAAUGUAAACCCGUGAUGUAAACAUAUCGUAUCGUACAUCCUCAAUACGUCAAUCGUCGAUGCGUGUGUUAUUUGGUUAUAAACUAUAUUAUAAACAUACGAGAUGUCUGAUGAAGAAGUAAUACGUCGCAGAUUACUUAUAGAUGGCGAUGGGACAGGAGAUGAUCGUAGAAUUAAUAUGCUGUUGAAAUCAUUCAUAAAGUGGAUUAACAGCUCUGAUGUAGAUCAUGCAUUACAUGAAAGAAUGCUAUCACAGUUGGCACAAUGUGAAUUUGCACAGAAAAAAUCCAGACUAGUUUCAAAUAUGAGUCGAGAAGAGUUAGAUAGUUAUGAACAGCUAUCCAAAGAAAUUGAAAUACAAAUAGAAGAAGCUAAAGAAGAUAUAGAAAAAACUAAAAUAGAAUUGCAAGAUGCCAAACGUGUGAGAAAGAAUAGAAUAGAAUAUGAUGUAUUAGCCAAAGUCAUUAAUGAACAACCAGAUCGAUUGGAAACAGACAUCAAGCUUGCCACAUUACAACAAGAAUUAGCCACUUUGAAGGAAAAAUCAGAACAGUUGGAGCACAAGUUAGAAAUGCGUCGUAAACAAUUCCAUGUUUUAAUAUCAUCUAUACAUUCUCUACAAGGAAUGUUAGAUGAGUGCGAUGAAGAAAUAAUUGAUGUGAGCCUUCAAAGUGAAACAGAGGACACAGAUGUGCAAAUGCGUAACAGUCCAUAAAUAUCUACCUCUGUCGUGUCGAGCCGUUUGUAAAAGUCAAGAAAUGUAUGAGAACCACAACUGAUAGUAGUUACAACAGGAUAAAAAAGUGGGCCAUCAGAGUGUGCCUAGUAAAAACAUUAAUGUUCACAAUAUAUACAUACUUCCACAUUUGAGAGAGAAAAAAUAUGUGAUGUG